AUGGCUGCAGCCACACAGGUACAGGACAUGGUGUUGGGAAAAGAGCAAGUGAUAAAUGACAAUCCGAAAGUGAUCAAGGAACUUCAGUUUGGUGUACUAUCGGAUCAAGAUAUCAUCAACCAGUCUGCCGUCGAACUUGUGGACCGGCGCCUGUUCGAUCUCGACAAGACACGCUCAGAUGGAACUCGCGCGAUCGCUGAGUAUGGGCCACUCGAUAGGCGUAUGGGUGUCUCGUCCAAGCAGAACUCAUGCGAAACCUGCGGAAAACAUCUGCAAGAGUGCAACGGACAUUUUGGACAUGUUCGACUGGUCCUUCCCGUCUACCACGUCGGGUACUUCAGAAAAGACUGCUCCUGCAUUCUUCUUUCCGAAGCCGACCGUCGCAAGUUCCUGAGCGCAAUCCGCCGAUCGCAGAAUGACAGCUUGAAGCAGACUUCUAUUGUCAGACGGGUUGCAGACCAAUGCAAAAAGACCAAAGUGUGUUUCGAGUGCGGUGCUAUCAAUGGCUUGGUUCGGAAAGCAACGACACAUUCUCUCAAGAUAACUCACGACAAGUUCAAAUCCUACAAUGCCUCCACAUCCGCAAAAAAAGUGCCGCCCCCUGAGAAGGUGGCCUUUGACAAAUCGUUCGAGACGGCAAAGCUUACCAACUCGGAACUCGAGAAGCAUCUCAAAAAAGCGAUGGACGAUUUGACGCCUCUUCGAACCCUCCGUCUGUUCAAACGGAUUCGACGCGCCGAUCGUGAACUGCUUGGACUCUUUUCCGCGAGACCGGAAGCUUUCCUCUGGACAUACGUCCCUGCCCCUCCUGCAUGUAUCCGACCGUCAGUAGGGCAAGAGGCUUCGAGCACAGAAGACGAUAUCACCGCUAAGCUUGGGGACAUUGUCGCUGCUAAUGAUGCGUUGCGUGAAACUCUGGAGAAGGGCUUACCCACCUCGCAAAUCAUGGAACACUGGGAUUAUUUGUCCCUUCAAUUGGCAAUGUAUAUCAACAGUGACGUACCAGGUCUAGCCAAAGGUGAAUUUGGCAAACAGAUUCGAGGGUUCGUGCAACGCCUCAAAGGCAAGCAAGGACGCUUUCGGGGCAAUCUUUCUGGAAAACGUGUCGAUUUCUCUGCGCGGACUGUCAUUUCCCCUGACCCCAACUUGCGAAUUGACGAAGUCGCCGUACCCAUCCUGGUGGCAAAGAACAUGACAUACCCGGAAGUGGUCAACGAGCUCAACAUCGAAAAAUUACGACAACGAGUUCGCAAUGGACCCGAUGUCUGGCCAGGAGCCAACCAUGUGAUCAAGAAGGAAGGGUUCAAAAACUCUCUGAAGUAUAACAAUCAGCUCACAGCGAGUCAUCUGAAGGAGGGUGAUAUCGUCGAACGCCAUCUUGAAGACGGAGAUGUGGUUCUGUUCAACCGCCAGCCUUCACUUCACAAACUCAGUAUUCUGAGCCAUUUCGUUAAAGUUCGACCCCAUCGGACAUUUCGAUUGAACGAAUGUGUCUGCAACCCUUAUAAUGCUGAUUUCGAUGGAGAUGAAAUGAACCUCCACGUCCCACAGACAGAAGAAGCCCGCACAGAAGCAAUGCUGUUGAUGGGUGUCAAGCAUAACAUUGUAACACCUAAAAACGGCGAACCAAUUAUCUCGGCUAUUCAGGACUUCAUCACCGCCUCGUUCCUCCUGAGCAGCCUGGACCAGUUCUUCGACAAGAAGACCUUUGUGACAAUGUGCUGUGGGAUGCUGGAACCCGAAACAAAAUUUGAUCUUCCUCCACCUGCAAUCAUCAAACCCCAGACACUCUGGACGGGCAAGCAGGUGUUCAGCGUCUUGAUGCGUCCAAACAAGGACUCCAAUGUGAGAGUGAACCUUGACGCCGCCUGCCGAGACCAUAAUCAGUAUCACCCUGGCCUACACCGAGAUCUCCAAGACGAUAGUUUCUUAUGCGUUCGCAAUUCAGAGGUACUCUGUGGUAGGAUGGACAAGUCAACUGUCGGCUCCGGAAAGAAGAACUCAAUCUUCUAUAUUCUCUACCGCGACUUCGGGCCUGACGCCGCUGCUCAAGGCAUGAAUCGCUUGUCCAAACUCUGCGCCAGAUGGUUGGGCAAUCAAGGUUUCACUGUUGGCAUUAGUGAUGUCACUCCGCCCGAGAAGCUCGUCAAGGAGAAGGCUGAGAUGAUAGCCAAAGUAUUUGACGAGUGUAGCUCUUUUGUUCGCGAGUCAAAGGCAGGGAAGCUGAAACGCAAGGCGGGUCUGGACGAUGCAGGCACCCUCGAGGCAGAGCAGAUUCGAGUGUUGAGUACGGUUCGAACCAACAUUGCGGGAAUUUUGACCUCUCAGCUCAGCAAGAAUAACACGCCAAUGAUCAUGGCCGUGUCUGGCUCCAAAGGCUCGAACAUCAAUGUGGCUCAAAUGGCAGCUCUUCUUGGGCAACAGGAUAUCGAGGGAAAGCGUGUUGCCGAUGGUUUCCAGGACCGAACAUUGCCUCAUUUCCUGAAACAUGAACGGUCGCCUCCCUCAAAAGGCUUCGUUUCAAACAGCUUUUUCAGCGGGCUCCUCCCUUAUGAAUUCUUGUUUCACGCAGUGGGUGGUCGAGUUGGUCUCGUGGACACUGCUGUCAAGACAGCAGAGACGGGUUACAUGUCGAGGCGACUGAUGAAAUCUCUCGAAGAUCUCUCCACCAACUACGAUCGUACAGUCCGCAACUCGGCUUCAAACAUCGUACAAUUUCGUUUCGGUGAUGAUGAUCUCGAUCCUGUCGAUAUGGAGGCAAGUGCUAAACCAGUUGAUUUCGACCGCACCUACGCUCAUGUUGAGGCGACGACGUUUGAUCUGAAUGACCAAGGCCUACAGGAUACCGAGAUUUUCGAAGUCAUGGAAGAGAUCUUGUCGGCUAAGAGAGGUCUGCUGACAAGGGUUGGCCUCAACAGUGCUGAGCUUCUCUAUGAUAUCGAUGACGACAGAUUGGUUGACCAAAACGAGAGCAAUCGAGCAUUUCUACAGUCAAUACAUGACUUUGUCAUGGCAAAGUGCCACGCCUUCAAUGAGGCCAGGGCGAAGAAACAGCAAUUUGCAUUGCCACCCUCCGUGCCGAGCUCCAAGGGAAAGCGGAAGGCUGAAGCGGAGCUGGACGAGGUGGACGAGGAAGCACCAGCUCCGAAACGACGUUCAGGCAGGAAAGGAGCAAUUCCUGCCACGUCAAGAGAUUCGAAGGGCCAAAAGGCCAUGCCCAGUGAGGACCGUGCACUGAUGAAGCCGCCUCCGUCCACAAAAGACCGCUUUGAACUCACGUGCAAGCUAUCGAAGAAGACACUACAAGCCUUUGUGAACCUAUGUCUGGAGAAGUAUGAGCGAGCACGUGUGGAACCCGGUCACGCCGUCGGUGCAGUCGGUGCACAGUCCAUAGGAGAACCAGGGACCCAGAUGACUCUGAAAACCUUUCACUUUGCCGGUGUUGCUGGCAUGAGUUUGACAGCAGGCGUUCCUCGAAUCAAGGAAAUCAUCAACGCCUCAAAGGAGAUCAGUACGCCAGUCAUCACUUGCCGGUUGGAACGAAGAAGAGAUCUGUCAAUCCCCGAAGGUCUUGCUCGUAUAGUCAAAGGCCGAAUCGAAAGUCUAUUUCUAGCAGAUGUGACAUCUUAUAUUGAAAUCCGCCACUUUCUCGACCGACCAAGUUGCAUCGACCUCCAAAUCUCAUUAGACACCAUUACCGAGCUAGGCUUGGAUCUCACGUUGGAGGACAUUGUGAUUGCCAUCCAAAGGCAUCGACAGCUGAAAUCUGCCAAAUUAAGGAUCCAGCUUCGCAGCAAAGAUGAGCUCAGAAUCUCCACAGAAUCUGCGAUCAAGUCUGCGAAGAGAGGAUCUGCAGCCAAGAUAGAUGAAGAAGGCCAGAGUGAGCGUCUCAUUCGUCUUCAGACCUUGCGACGCAUACUGCCAAACGUACAUGUCCUCGGCCAUCCUCAAGCAACUCGAGCAGUGGUCAUGGCAGAAGACGAUCCAAGAUCAGAUGAAAUCAAGGCUAUGCGCAGGUCUUUGACGCAGGGAAUGAAGACUGAGCAAGCACAUUCCAGCACCGACCCCAAGGUCAAAACGGAGGGCUCAAGUGAAACAACAGCUGCUUCCUCCAAAGCGUCGUCCUCCAAAGUCAAACUCGAAGAGCCUGCGCCAUCCAUAGCCCCUCAAUCUGUGCCGCAAAAAGACACUGCACCUAUCCAGAUGCACAAGGUCAUGGUUGAAGGCUACGGUCUUCGUUACUGCAUGAACACUGAAGGUGUCGACCCCUAUCACACUGAGACCAAUUCCGUCAUGGAGACUCUCCAGGUCCUCGGGAUCGAAGCCGCGCGCUCUAAAAUCAUCACUGAGAUCCAGGAAGUCACAAAGGGUCUGUCCAUCGAUCCGCGCCACAUGUAUCUGUUGGCAGACGUGAUGACAUACAAAGGCGAGGUUCUGGGCAUCACACGUUUCGGGCUCGCCAAGAUGCGUGACUCGGUGUUGCAGCUGGCCAGUUUCGAAAAGACGGCAGACCACGUCUUCGACGCCGGUGCUGCGGGCAAGGUCGACCGGAUCGAAGGCGUCAGCGAGAGUGUGAUUGUCGGCAAGACCAUGGGCGUGGGCACCGGGAGCGUCGAGGUGGUGCGGUAUCUGAACCUCGGUGCCGAUCUCGCGAGUAAGACGGGAACCUUGAAAAAAAAGGAAUGCGUUUUUGAAGACACUUGGGAGAAGGCGGUCAGGAAGGAGAAGAAGAGAAAGUGA